AUGUCCCCUUCAGCUGUUGAUCCUCCCGCCUCGGUCGGCUCCGUUAAGGUGUCCAAGGCCAACAUUGGUGUCUACACCAACCCCGCACACGACCUGUGGAUCAACGAGGCCGAGCCCAAGUUGGAGGCCGUUCAGGCCGGCGAGGGCCUGCAGCAUGGCGAAGUCACGGUAGCCAUCAGAAGCACCGGCAUUUGCGGAUCCGACGUUCACUUCUGGAAGCACGGAUGCAUCGGACCCAUGAUUGUCGAUGGCGACCACAUUCUCGGCCACGAGUCCGCCGGUGAGAUUCUCGCCGUCCACCCCAGCGUCACCCACCUCAAGGUUGGUGACAGAGUCGCCGUCGAGCCGAAUGUCAUCUGCAACUCCUGCGAGCCUUGUUUGACCGGCCGUUACAACGGUUGCGAGAAGGUCCAGUUCCUGUCCACCCCGCCGGUGCCUGGUCUCCUGCGACGAUACGUGAACCACCCUGCCGUCUGGUGCCACAAGAUCGGUAACAUGUCAUAUGAGAACGGUGCCAUGCUGGAGCCCCUAAGUGUCGCUCUUGCCGGUAUGCAGCGUGCCGGUGUGCGCCUUGGCGACCCGGUCCUCGUCUGCGGUGCAGGCCCCAUUGGUCUCAUCACCCUUCUCUGCGCCAAGGCUGCCGGUGCCUGCCCGCUGGUAGUUACGGAUAUUGACGAUGGACGUCUGGCUUUCGCCAAGGAGCUGGUGCCCACAGCCAUCACCCAUAAGGUCGGUCGUGGAACCGCCGAGGAGGAGGCCAAGCGCAUCGUUGAGUCCUUUGGAGGUGUUGAGCCGGCCGUCGUCAUGGAGUGCACUGGUGUGGAGAGCAGCAUUGCUUCGGCUGUUUGGGCCUGCAAGUUUGGUGGAAAGGUCUUCAUCAUUGGUGUUGGACGCAACGAGAUCAGCUUCCCUUUCAUGCGCGCUAGCGUUCGCGAGGUCGACAUCCAGCUGCAGUACCGCUACUGCAACACCUGGCCCAGAGCCAUCCGUUUGGUGGAGAGUGGUGUUGUUGACCUCAGCAAGUUGGUGACACACAAGUUCAAGCUCGAAGAUGCCCUCGGCGCCUUCGAGGCGGCUAAGGACCCCAAGUCAGGCGCUAUCAAGGUCAUGAUCCAGAGCUUGGACUAA